GUAAAUAUUACAACAUUUCACUCUGAUCGCACCUGAGGUUGUCGUAAAUUGUGAAUUAGGGCUUUUUACGCGUAAAAUCACCGCGUACUCAGAAGACAAGUGCAUUGCGUGAAUCGAAAAGUGAUAUUUAAUCAACCGGCGUGGAGGAAACAUGCGGAAAAGACAAGCAAAAUGAAAGAAACACCAAGGAAUAAUGAAGUACUCGAAAUGAGAGUCAAAUGAAGUGCAAAAAAGAGGCGGAUGUUUUGCAUUUAAUUAUUCAUGAUGAGAUGGGUAGGAAAUUACUGAGACCUGGUUCUUUACAAAAGAACUGAACACUGACUAGGAGGAUGUCCACGCCAGGAACACCAACGACUCAACGCAAGCGACCAUUUUCUCAGGCAAAUCAAAAUGGAGAGACCAGCGAUGGGACUGGUGGCUUGCUGGGAGCGCUUGGUGAGGUCGUGGGAGAGUGGCUUCAAGGAUGGGGGCUUCUUGGUGCGCUGCGCAAGAGGUCAGGCGCACCGGGAGUAGCUAGGUCCACGCCAGCCACGCCGCCCACCCACAGCCAUCCCUCGUCACCGUCACACGAACAUAUCGAACUAAGGCAGCUGAGUUUCCAGUGUAGGGAGGGUGAUGGUGGUAGUGGUGAAGGCGGCUCUAGACAGUUGACUCCUUGUGACGUGGUGCGGAGGAGACACCCCUUAAACUUCCCCCGCUCCCCCAGGCCCCCAAGGCAUUCAUACUAUGAAGGUUCAUCUCCCGAUUCAUACCUUUUAACGGCUGUUCUCAUUCAUUCUCUAAAGCAUGGCUCAGGCAAGGUGUGUCAGGAGCCACAUUGCAAUGUAUGCAUCACCAGAUUUGGGCAAAAUCUAAGGGAAGCUUGUGGACUUGACCUCAGUAUGAUCAGUCAGAAGGGAGAUGACUCACUUGAUGCAUCAUUACCAACUGCUCUGUAUAGUCGAUCCAUCUCACAGGAGGGUAAUGAAGUGAAGAACUGGAAACAUGAUAGGAAAGAUUACCUUGACAUAUCCACAGACAUGCAAGAACUUUCCCAGGUAUCUCCUCUUAGCAGUCCUUCUAGUUCGUUCCCCUAUGCGCAGAUCAGUCCCCUCCCAAGCCCACAGUCCUCCAUAACAAUGAGCUCCACUUUGACUUCAAGAAAUCCAACAUUGUCUUUAACAACAUGUGAAAGUUCUGCUCCUCUAUUAGAGUCAGAAUUAUCCUCUCUUGACAUAUCAUCUCUAACUGAUGUAACCAUGUCCUCCAGCAUGCUGUCAAACUCAACGCUUUCCUUACAACAAUCUGAAUGCUUACUGGCAUCGGAAAGUAACAUUACUUCCUCAGAACUCUCUCUCAUUACGGCAAGUGAUUGUGGCACUCUAGUGGGAUCGUUUCCUUCUGAAACCUUCCCAUCAGCAGCAUGCUCUUCAGAAACAAUAUCUUCAGAAACAUAUCCAUGUGACACUUACCCCAAGUGUCGUGAAAGUGGCGACCUGAUGUCCAGCUCUGUCCACUCAUUGCCCUCUCGCCUGACACUUAAGGAUCGUUCCUCAGCCUCUCUUCUGCGGCCUGUGCUGCUGUCCUCUGGAUCUCUGGUUCUCCUACCCCGUCGCCCCUCUCUGGUAUCCCCCCCUUCUGUCUCCUCUGCAUCCUCACAGGGACACUUUAAAUGGGAAGAGAACCCCUGCUAUGUACGAGUAGAGAGCGGGAGGCCAGGAGAGGGCCAUGUCUUUCGGCCCACCACCCUGGAACGGCCUGCUUGGUGCGAUGCUUGCGCUCACCUGGUAUUCUCCCAUGCCACGACGUGUGAGA